AUGGUACGAUACACGAUCGCCAUCGCUGGCACACCACGACAGGGUGUUCCACCAGCGACCUUCGAGGAGAAGGUGGUCGAAAUCUUCUCCCAAGAACAACUUGAAGAAUCAUUCCUCCGUGACGUGAAUUCCAAGGGUCAGGUCCCGGUCAUGGCUUCAACGAGCCUCGCGAAACCCAUUACCGACAGCUUGGAUAUGACGCUCUUUCUCGCGGAGAGAUACCCUGAUCUGCUGCCUACCGACCAUCGGGAGCAGACCGUAAGCUAUCUCAAAGACCUCCACGCCAUCAACUACUUCUCGCUAUCAUUCGGAGACCAACCCGACAUGGCCGCAGGAAGCAUGAAAGCCAUUGACCAACGACUCGAAGCCCACGAUCUCAGCGAGAGAUACAGGGAUGCGUUGCUGUACAAGCGCAAAGUAACCCUCAAAGAGAAACAGCGCGCCGUCGAGCCCGAAGCGGCCCAACAGAAUCGUGCGACAGCCUUGGACCUGAUGACCUCCCUGGCUGGAUAUUUGUCUGAUCGGGGCCCUUGGCUGUUCGGAUCUGAUCAUCCAUCUGCCCUGGAUGCUCACUUGGUCGUUUUCAUUGCACGGAUGCAGGACGUUGGCAAGGAUGUCCUCAUCCCUGACGCUUUGCAGGCCUACGCGAGAAAGGCUUUUGCAACGGCCGAGUUCGAGGCGGCCAUGGGCGGUCGGCGCACGCUGCCAUCGAAGUAG